GGAUGAACGUGCCGGAUGAACAGCCAGGUAGCCAAAUGGGUGAUACGUUAUAGCAUGUGGCAGUUCCAAUGUAAAAGAGAAAUGUUGAAUCAUAGUGGCUCAUACGUCCUCUCUCAGCUACUCUAACCAGUCCUAUAUAAACUAGGUGUAGAGGUGUGUUGUGUCACCGCAUGCACAACAGGUAGUCAGAAAGAGGUUGGCAGGCAAAGCUUUUGUCUAACUAGAAAUCAGGGUAUGUAUGCUAUACAGUAGGAGGAAUAAUUAUGAAGGCCUUCGCUUUUGCAAUUUUUCUUCUGGUCAUGCAUCAGACAGUUGCAGCAAAUGGGCGCUCAGAUGAAACAACUGUAGCUGGAACACUGGGAGAGAAUAUUAUACUUCCAUGUGGGAACACUGCGACCAAUGUGACUCCCUCAUUCACGCGAUGGCUGAAGAAUGGACAGUUUACCAUUGAUCGCAAUCAUUCCAUUAUAAUUCCAAUAUCCUCAAGUGAAGGGCACCUGACUAUACUGUAUAAUCAAAGCUUGUACAUCAAUCGAAUAACUCUAUCAGAUGAGGGGACCUAUCUCUGUGAUUCUUUACCACAUGACAACAAAACUCAAACAAGUCUCACAUUGCAAAUAGUCAGUGGUCCUGACAAUAGCAUCACAGACAUCCAGCCAGCCACGCCUCUUUCCAACGGAACCCUCGUUGUUGUCAGGGGUUCCACGGUGUCAUUUAACUGCUCCAGCUUGUCCUACCCCUCCCAGAGCCUGUCCUUGGGGUUUCAGGGUGUGGCAUCCAGUAACGACUCUCUGGCGGUGGGCAGUGGAUCAUGGCUGGGCUUCAGGAUAGAGGAUGUUCAGCCCACAGCUCAGGGGAACUACAGCUGCAGAGCCCAGAACUCAAUCUCCCAGAAGGCUGUUGGCUGGAGCACAGAGCUGCUUGUAUACUAUUCCCCAGAAAGGCACCCAGAGUGUCUGUGGAAGGCAGGGAAGGAUCCGUCUCAUGUCCAGUUCAACUGUAGCUGGUUUGGAGGCUACCCCUCUCCCACGUUAUUCUGGGGGGAGAACCACCAGGAGCCAGGGAGCCAGGGGAACCAGGUGGCUGGACGGCUGAUGGAGUCGGAGGAGACAGUCAGUCUGGUGGUGAAUCUGAACAGGUCGUUGUUGUUCGACGGGCAGACGCUGAAGUGUGAUGGGCGUCACCCUACGAUCAGUCUAGGAGAGGAGAAGUUCUGCUCCUUCACCCUGAAGUCCCCCUAUCCUGAAGGGUUACCACUAGUCACAGCGUUAGAAGGAACCAACGUGACAUUAACGUGUACAGAGUCCAGCUCCCUGCCUCCAGCCCUCACCAGCUGGCAGAGGACAGCCCAGCAGGAGGACGUGGUCCCCAGCCCCAAGUACAUCCUGUCAGAGCAGGGCCCCACCUUCACCCUCACUAUAGUCAACAUCACCAAGCAGGACGAGGGCUUCUACUUCUGCAGGAGCGAGAACCCACUGAUGGUCCGCGAGUUGGAGAUCUAUUUAACAGUUAAAGCCACCUCUCAAUACACUGGAGCAAUCAUAGGGAUAUUCCUAGCGAUUUUGAUAGUAGGAUCUGGUAUUGUUAUUGCUAAAACAAUAUACUCCAACCGUGACCGAAUAUGCCUGGGAAAUGGAUUUGAGCGAAUGGAGGAGGAGAGAGGAGAUGUGUUGAGCCUGGUAGAGGCAGAUGAAGAGGAGGUGUUUCAUGAAGCUGUACCCAGACUGCCACCUCUGUCUCUGACCAACGGACACAACACUACACUUGUAGAGAUACACACAAUACCAUCCAUUGACCAUGAAGAUGCAGAAAUUGUUGAACAUCCAUUACAGCUAGAAAAUCCUGAUAUUGACGAACUUGUCACAUUUUAGGUGUUGUAAGACUUUUAGAAACGUUUUUUUUUUGUUGGUAUAAUGAUUGGUGGUUGGUUUGUACAGUAUGUAGAUACAGUAUAUGGGUCUGCUUUUUACCAUCAUUUUUAACUGUUUUGUUUCAGCUUCAGGCUUAUUAAUUUAUACUUAACAGGGUUAUUUCAAUGAAUUGUUGCCAUUUGCCACAUUAAAUGACAUAUUUGACAAUAA